CCACAUUCAGAACUGAAUUAGAAUGUGAGUUCCCACCAAAGAUGGAGGAAGACUUGACCCACGUCAGAAGAAAAAGACUGACCACCAAGAAUGGACUCGUCUGCUUAGAAGACUAUCCUUAUACUGUAUCCAUCAGAUUGCAUGGAAAACACUGGUGUGGAGGCGCAAUAGUGAGCAAGCUAUGGAUACUAUCCGCUGCACAGUGUUUUGAUUAUGUAACAAAAGAGGAGGUGUCGGUUCGAGUGGGCUCGGUCUUCCGAGACUUCGGAGGCAGGAUCCUCGCGGUGACUGACAUCAGGAGGCACCCGGAGUACAAGAUGGACCAGUACUACCCUGAACAUAACCUGGCCAUGAUAAAGAUCAAUCUACCCAUCACGCCUUCUACUCGGAUGCAGCCGGUGGGGCUCGCUAUAGCUGAUGCUGACCUGCCUCCCAUGUUUGGAGAGACUGUCGUCACAGGCUAUGGUUCAGUGGUAACCGGCCAAAUCCGAGAGGGUGAGAACCAAGAGCUCCGGCGGAUGAUAGCACGGGAAGUCCCGAGGGCGGAGUGCCGCCUGGUGUACGGGAAUGACUACAGCUUGCAGCACGACCACAUGUGCCUGCAGAGCGUCGUGAAGGGAGUCGCUUUGUGCGCUGGUGACACGGGAGAUCCAGCAGUUCACUUUAGCGGCUUAAACAGGGCUGGGACGUUAUACGGCAUAGCACUCUUCUCAGGCACGGAGGAAUGUGCUUACAAAUCUAAACCUGGAAUAUAUGCUAAGGUGUCUUACAGCCGCCAAUGGAUCGACAAACUAAUCGGGGAAACCCCGGACCGUACGGAGAGCGCUGACAGUGGAGAAAACGCCAUCCCAUUGGAUAUGGAAUAAUAAUUUAUUCGUUAUUUUAUGCUAACAACUAUUUAAUAAACUUUAAAACAAAAAAACAGAGUAUUUGAGAGAUAUACCACUCAAUUUUGGAAAGAUUUGGCUAGAAUACGAAUCUGGGCUAAGUUAUUAGGAUAAAUCAGU